AUGCCAAGAAUCGACGUAACCAACUCUAUCGGAUACAUAAUUGCAGACGAAGUCUUACACCUCGCAUACGACGGUGCUAAUGACCUCAUUCCCUCUCGAAUUCGUCGCUCGAGGCUCUUUAGAAGAUCCAGAGGAUCUCGAUCCGUCUCAGCAACAGAGACAGUAAUCCAUAAUCAAUCAAAGGGAGAAUCCUCGGACUCGUUCAGAUCUGAAGACCCCAUUUAUCACCAAGAAAAGGUCGAUAUCAAUAAUAAUUCAGUCUCAGAAACAGAGACUAUAAUCCACAAUCUACCAAAGGAAGCAUCUUUGGAAUCAACCAGAUCCGCAGACCCUGUUUACCACCAAGAAAAGGUUCAUAUCUUUCUGGAAAAGGAAAACGUCACCAUUACUCAACAGUCAGUCUCGGAAACAGAGACUAUCAUCCACAAUUUACCACAGGAAGCAUCUUUGGAAUCAAUCAAAUCCGAAGAUCAUGUUAAUCACCAAGAAAAGAUUCAUAUCUCUCAAAAGGACAGCGUUGCCAUUCUUCAAAAGUUGGCAGAGAUAGAGACUUUCAUCCAUAAUCUAUCAAAGGAAAAGUCUUUAGAAAUAGUUCAAUCCGAAGACCCCAUUAACCACCAAGAAAAGGUCGAUGUCUUCCCAGAGGAAAACGUCACCACUCAAAAGUCAGUCUCGAAAAUAGAGACUACAACUCAUAAUUCAUCAAAGGAAGGAUUCUUGGAAGCAGCCAUUUUCGAAGACCCUGUCUGUCACAACAUCUAUCAAGAGAAAAAGUUCUCUAACUCUCAAUAUUCACUCUCCAUCUACUCACAAGACGGGGUCGACGAGGUCGCCCUGACUCUAAAGACAAAGCAAAUCAACAGUUUGAAAGCACUACUCUACAACAAACAAUUGGAAACUGAAAGACUUCUCCGCGAAGCUGACGCCUUCCGCUUGGAGAAGUCACAGAAAUCGGUCUCCGAAACCGAAACUGUAAUUCAUAGUCCAUUGAAGGGAGAAUCCUCAGAUUCAGUCAUGUCUGAAAUUCCCAUCAAUGAGCCAAAGGUCAAACUCUCACGCCGCCAAAGGUGCCGAAACAAGUUUUACCACGUUAUGUCCUCUACUCAAGAGUUCAUUGCACCCCUUAAGGCAUUACACCCUAAGAACCGCCCAGAAAAGGGCUUUACAAAGCAACAGGCCAAAGAGGCCUUAGACGCUUUGGAGAACGCCCCAAUGUUCUUCAAAGCAGUACCUUUUGAAUCCACCGAAGAGGGUGAACAACCCAUCUUCUAUGGAUCUAAGCCCGUGGAGGAGAUAGCUCCACCUGCCCCAAAGAAUACUGAACCGGAAAGAUUCUCGGCCGAGGACUACAUCGGAAUUGUUCGGGAACUGGCCGAUGACUACCUCGGAGUUACCGGAUUUAACCCACGAACCGGUGUUUUGGAUUCAUCUGAGGAGCACGUGCUUCCAGUUCGCCGAGUCCGCUGGGCCAGCACUGAAAAAGGCUGGAACAGCAAACCGGUGGCCGAAACUCCAAUUGUCGCCCAGAAAGAGAAAAUGCCCAAAAUAGCCAGGGCCGAUGUCACUGAAAAAGGCUGGAACAGUAGACCGGUGACCGAAACUCCAAUUGUCGCCCGUAGAAAGAAAUUGCUCAAAAUAGCCAGGGCCAAUGUCACUGCCGAACCUCACCCGUUAUUGAAAAUGCUGCAAUUGCAAGAUCAGGUUCGAAAAGAACUGAGAUUGAAACAUGAGCAAGAAUUGAGAGAUCAUAUAUUGAAUGGUCAACCAUUGAAAGAGCAGGAGCCUAUUUUUUUAGGCAAAGGCAAACUCUACCCCACGCCCCGCUCUGCCUCGGGCUUCACCACACGCACUCCCACACGCACCACCAUUACUGGCAAAGAGAACAAGUCUACUCUGGAGCAGAUGGUUCGCUCGGCUUUCGACGGGUGGGAGGAUUCGGACGAAGAGUAG